CUGCUGUUCUUGCUGUUGCAACCACUGCGAAGCAGACCCUUCAUCGAGCCCUGAGCUGGCGGACGCGAACGAUGUCGCGAGUGACAUCGUUGAUCUUCGGGAAUUGAAGGAUGCAGUCAAGAUGCAACUUCAUCGGCUGUCCACACCACAACAAAUUCCCAUCACUACCACCACCCCCAUCGAACAGAGGCACACACAGGCCAACCAGCUUAUCGAUAUCGUUGUUGCUGCGUCGCCGACUCCCGCAGAGGUACAGCCAAUUGCGACCAAAGGGCGGCCGCACUCAUGGCUGCAGCCAGCGUGGUCCCGUGCCUACAAUCCCCAGGAGUACACGGCACCCAGCCCGUACGCAGGCACCGAUGGGGGAUUCCUUCCAACCUCGUGGGUUGAUCUCGGUGUUGUGGAGACUGAGGACUCCGCCUCAGAAUCAAGCUGUCCCGAUUCGACACAAGCAGGUGUGUCGCAGCCACGGGCAAGGGAGUGCAUGCUAACAGCGCACGAGGUCGGUCGUGAUGCUCCAGGGCCUGGGGCGUAUGAUGUGACUGCAAAGGUCGCCUACAAGGACGCAGGGGUAGCCCUUCGCGGUCGUGCGCCCGAGCCAACAUCCGAUGAGACUCCUGGUCCAGGUCAAUACGCACAAUCUCCGGAGAGGAAACAGCAUCAUAAGCGAGGAGCAGCAAUCGUCGGACGCACUAUCGUGAAACGUGAUGGGCAGGUCCCAGGACCGGCGGAUUACACGACGUCACCAGGAGCGCGAGCCACUCGCCUUAAGAGAGCACCGAUUGCAAUGCUUAUUGGCCGCUCCCGCUCCUCCAAGAAGCAAGAGAAACGCCCAGGACCGGCAGACUAUGCUGCACCGCCAACACUCGGGCAAGAUACCGCCCCUGCGUUUACGCUGGGCGGACGCCGCAAGGAAACCAAACACGAGAAAGGCCCUGGCCCGCAGACGUACGCCACGGAAGCUGCGUGGCAUGGCAGGCAUCGUCGCCAGCCGCACGCUGUCCUAGCAUCUCGAAGGCGGCAACAAGACCAUCCAGAAGGACCAGGUGCUGGCAAAUACCAUAUCGGAACGGCGGAGGAAGCCUUGCGUGCGAGACGGCGGGCGCUGCUGAUCGGUCGACGUGUGGACCGUCCUGACAAAGAGCAACGUCCUGGGCCAUCAGACUACAGCACAGAUGCAGUUCUCGCGCUCAAGGGAAAGCGUGCUGCUGCUGCACUGGUUGUGGGGCGAGCCCGGGAACAUGACAAGGAGGCGCGCCAUCCACAACCAGGACCAAACGCAUACGCACCUGAAGCCUCGCGUGGCAUUGGCAGCACUGCUCGUGCGUUCACCUUGACGGGUCGGGUGGAGCAGAAGCUGGCAGCUGCCGACACCCCUGCGCCCGGGCAGUAUGCGGUGUUACCAACAGCACCGAGUGGCGGCGCUGCGCGCAUCGUGUCGCGGCGGUACGAGCGUGCAGAGAAAGCGGGUCCAGGUCCAGGACGGUACACGGGUGGGGAUGGCGCAGAGCUUGGCACGGACACGCGCCGGGGCAUCAGCAUCCUCGGACGCCGGGAGCAUGCGGACGAGCGAGCCAAAAUUGGCCCUGGCCCCGGAAAGUACGUGGGUGAGACAGCGAUGCCGCGACGCGGACCCGCUGCAACGCUGCUGGGCAGGCCGGAGGAGCGAAGGUGCUUUCGCAGAAGGAAGAAGCAGAAGAAGGAAGAUGAUGGCGCUGGGGAUGGCAAACAUGGCAGAGUCGCUUUUGACAGCGAUGACGAGGCCGGGUGGUGGACGGAGCAAGGGCCUGGACCAGCCGCUUACAACCUUGCGGAAGCUACGGACCGCGAGAGGACGCGAGGCGCUGCCAUCUUGCUGGGCCGCCCAAAGGAGAGGCGCGUGCCGCUGGCACCUGGCCCGGCAGACUAUGCGGCCGCAUCUGCUGGCGACAGAGCGCAGGGGCGCGGCGCGGUCUCCUUUGGGAAGCCGCCGCCACGCGAAGAACAACCCCGAGACACAGGCCCUGCGCCGUGGGAUUACGACACGACUGCGGCGCCUGCAGCGGCAGCAAAGGCAGGCGCCAUCAUCACCGGACGACCAAAGACGCCACGCAAACUCGAAACGCCUGGGCCGCAGUAUGCGCCCGACCCAACACAAACGCGCGUAGGCCCCUCCUUCACGUUUACAGGUCGUGGGUGGAACGAGCAGAAAGUUGAGGGUCCGGGUCCGGCCAAAUACAGCGCUGCAGACAUCGAGGCAGAGAAGGCGAAGAAAUCCAUGGCGGGACCGCGUAUCCUUGGGCGCCCCAAGGAAAAACCACCUGGACACCCACGACAUCGAAUGCGACCCAAGCCUGCACACCCUUCGUCCUCCUCCUCAUCAUCUUCAUCGCUUGGCUCUUUCUGA